AUGAUCAAGGCGACGCCGGACUACCUCGCCUACGCCCGGGGCCGCCCGGUCGGCGAGAGGCUGGAGGGCGAACCCCGCACGCCGGAAGCCUCGGCCCCGGCGGUGAGCAAGCGGCGCUGGGAGCAGGAGGUGCAGCAGUGGCGGGCUGGGCUGCGGCAGUGGUACCAGAGGCACGGCGUCCCCGCGCCUUCGGCGGCGGACGGCGCGCUCCUGGCGCCGGCCCCCAGCGACGGCGCGCGGGGCGCCGCGGGGGCGCCGCGGGGGCGCCAGCCGAGCGUGCUGGAGCUGCUGCAGCGCCAGGCCGCCGGAGCGCCGUGA